AACAAAUCCGUUGUCGCCCGAAGACAACCCAAAUCGCAUCGAGCUGCCUGCGCUUAGCUGAAGUGAAACCAGUUGAGCCCGGGUCAAAGGUUACAGCUAGCUGUCGUCAAUUUGGUGCUGCUGUGUAUUACAAUGUUGUGGAUACCCGAUGACGUAGCUCGAUGGAUGAAGAUGCAGCUCCCCUGGUUCCUGGACGAGUGGGACUCGCUGUUCUGGCAGAAGGUAGCGGGUUUUGCCACCAGUUUCUGUCUCAGCUUGUAUUUUCUACACCGGGUCAUUAGGAACAAGAAACUACACAGCUGCAUCCAACAGAAACAGGAGGAAGUUAGGAAAUCAUGUCAGGACUUGGUGGAAAGAUUAAGAACAGAAGGGCUGAGUGUGCCACACCGGGAGCGAAUACUGAGUCUGUCAUUGACCAAACUACAGGCACAGCUCCAGACAGGGCAGCUCAAGUGUAUCGAAGUGUUACGAGCUUACCAGUCAAAGGCGAUGGAGAUGAACGAGAAACUGAACUGUGUGGUUGAGCCGCUGAUGGAAGCUGAGGACCAGGCUGCCAAGCUGGACCGCCAGAGGAGCAAGAAAGGACCGCUGCACGGCAUCCCCAUCAGCAUCAAGGAGGCGUACUAUAUCAAGGGAUACGACUGUACAGCAGGGAUGUCGUACUUCAUAGACAAGCCCAUGGACCAUGAUGCACCCCUUGUUCAGGUGUUGAAGUCUCAAGGAGCCAUUCCGUUUGUCCGCACCAACAUUCCCCAGACCAUGAUGACAUUUGACAGCUCCAAUCCUAUAUAUGGGGAGACUCUCAACCCCCACGACGAGACCCGUAGCCCUGGUGGUUCCUCAAGUGGUGAGGGGGCGCUGAUUGGGUCAGGUGGGUCAUGUCUGGGUAUGGGGAGCGACAUCGGAGGCAGCAUCCGUAUCCCCUCCCACAUGUGUGGUGUGUGUGGCCUCAAGCCGACAGUAGAAAGACUCGGGACAUCGGGGAUGUUUCCACUGGGCGGUGGUCAAACAUUAGUGAAGGUGGCGUCGGGUCCGAUGGCCAAAGACGUGGACAGCUUGGUGAUGUGUAUGAAAGCUUUACUGGUCCCUUCCCUUAGUAACGCCUGGCCUUUGACCCAGGUUGUGCCCUUUGACACAGAGAUUUAUGAGAGCAGGAAACAAUUACGUAUUGGCUACUUUAAGACCAAUGGUGUCCUGGCACCUGUUCCUGCAGUGGAGAGAGGUGUCGACAUGGCCGUUGCAGCACUGAAGAAGAGGGGUCACACUGUGGUGAAGUUUGAGCCGCCACGGGUGAUGUACAUGUUCAAAGACCUGUUUAUGAAGGUGGCGUUUGGAGAUGCAGGGGAAGAAAGUAACGCCUACUUGGACAAUGAUGUGCUGGACCCCAGCUGUCGUCUUUCUUACUACAUCUUCAAACUACCCUACCUUGUGAGGCUGCCUCUCAGUCUGCUGGUGCAGCUCAUUGAUGCUGAUGCUGCACAGGUUGUCAGAAUGAAGUCUGGCACCGUUCUGCAGUGGUUCAAGCUGGCAGAGGACUUAGUGGCUUAUAAACUGGAGUUCUUAGCAGCCAUGGCAAAACAGAAACUUGAUGUCAUUCUAUCCCCCACAAUGCCACUUCCUGCCAUUCCUAUCGGCCAGUCGUCCCAGAUUACAGCUGCUGUUACAUACACCACCCUUUACAAUGCACUCAACUUUCCUGCUGGCUGUUUGCCAGUAACCAAGGUUACUGCAGAUGACCAGAAGAAGCUGCAGGAAGCUUAUCCAGCAAAUACCCUCUACGAGAAGGUUACCCUAAAGAUGAGUCAAGGAACCGAUGGCCUGCCAGUCAGUGUCCAAUGUGCAGCCCGGCCCUUCCAGGAAGAGCUUGUUCUGCGGGUCAUGAAGGACAUUGAACAGGAAGUCAAGUACAAGUGAACAGCAUUCUGGGAGUGUUCUAGCAAAUAAUUGUUGGGAUCAAAGUAAUUCUGUGAAUAUUAGAGGCCUGUCUAAUUAUCAAGGGCCCUGUGUCACAAAGCGAUCUUAGCACUAAGAGGAUCAUAACUUCAAUACUUUCACAAACACUUGCAAGUGGUAUUGUAAUCCUUGCUGGUGUCAUUCUAUGUUAAAGUAUUCGAGUUAUGAUUGUCUUGUUGAUGCGAUCACUUUGGGAAACAGGGCUCUGAACCCCAAGAUGGGGGCACGGGUGGCUGGGCCAUCAAAGGCACCACAAUACCCUUUCUGAUUUGGACAAUUUCCCCACAGCUUUGAAAACAUUAAUUUUAUUUUUGGUAUGAUUAACAUCGGAGACAAUGCCUCACAGUAACGUUCCCAAUACAAUGUCUGAGUCGGAGAAGACGACUACAUCUUUGCAGAGUUGUGUCCCUUGGGCACACCGGAAACCUAUGAUCAUUAUGAUCAUGGGUUAUAAUGCUCCGCCAUACCUGUGGUCGUGGAUUUCACCUGCAUCACUUCGUGCUUUCCACAUUAAACUGACACGCCGUGAUAUACGUGGAAUACUGUUAAAAGCGGUGUUAAACCCAACUCACUCACUCGCUAUUCUUUUUCAGAAUGCUAAUCAUAGCUCUACUCCAAUGUCAUUUGAUGGUGCUAGCUUUCUGAAUUCACAAUAGCUUCCAAUUAUGUUUCAUCUCAGGCUGUGAAUGUUUGCGUUGCAAUCUGUAUGAAAUCCCUCGGUCCAAAGUAAGAUAUUGGUAUGCUUCUGUACAUUGUGUGAAUGUGACUUAGAUUUGCAUGAUAUUAGAUGUAAAUAAAUAGAUAUCAUGUAAGUUUAGCCAUGGUUGAGCUCAGUCUCAUUGGCGUUAGUCCCAAGAAUAGUGAAAAUCUAGCAGAACUAGUUAGUUUUGCCCAAAGUUAGCUCAUGUUACAUAAAAGCCACAAGUCUGAACUGAGCUGUGGCCAUGUUGGGUUUGAUGCAUGGUAUUUAACUACUCAUGUUAGGUAGAAUAUAAAGGAAAUGUUUCUCGGAUAUUGGCGCAUAGCUUUUAAUCAGGUGCAUCAGGCAUUUAUAUUGCCAAUAAAAAAAACACAUCAUAUGAAACAGACUGUUCUCCAUGUUUGACACCUGACAUGAUGGUAUAUUAAUUAAUGUGUACCAAGUUUUUUGGUAUUCUUGGAAGGGAAAACAUUAAAAAGUGUUCCUGCCUCAAUAAUUUUGAUUUAAAAAUAAAUGAAUAAUAAAACUGACCUUCCUCUCAAAAUAUGUCAGAGAAACAUUUGUUUUGCAGCCAUAGUGUUUUACAUGAUUGUUGCACUUGAAUUCCUUACUGUGGAGAUGUUGGAUUUCACCAUGACGUCUGCCUGGUGUAGAACUGAUUCCUGUAGACAUGCUGACUGUGAUAGAUGUGUCGGACAGACAUGUAUGUUUGUGGUUUUCAUGGACACAUGGUCUAAGUUGAUGAAUGUUCUGUAAGGAUGAUCUGUUACCUGCUGUUGUGCACCACAGUAUUCAUGCCUGUUUCAAAAAGGUAUAUAUGCAACAUUGAAUUUGUUAUUGCAUACCAUUUUGCUCACGAUGUGUUGUGAAUUAUGAAACAGCUGUUGUUAUUCACAUUUAUACUAAUUGAAAUUCCCUUAGUUUAUGAGUGGUACAGUUGUAUAACACUGGUCUAAGAAACACCAUAUUUUGUUGUGCAGAGUAACCUCCCUUAUCCGUGCCAGAAUCUGGUGAUCAGUGGUUUCAAUUUGCUAUGAUUAUGAUCCUUGGUUUUUCAGAACCAUGCCCAUCGAUCUCAAUUGCAUGGAUCGAUGCUCAUGAUGUAAAUCACUGGAUUGUCUGGUCCAGACUCGAUUAUUUACAGACCGCGUCAUAUAUCCCGGGCGCAUCAUGCCAAAAGAUGUUAAAAGAUGCUUUUACUAUCUUGGAUUUACAGACAACAGUGCCCUGUUUCACAAAGUGAUCUUCACGCUAAGAUGAUUGUACACCCACUUUUUAACAAUGACUUCCGACAUGGCAGUUUGUGGACAGGUCAGUUUGUGGACAGGUCAGUUUGUGGACAGGUCAGUUUGUGGACAGGUCAGUUUGUUGACUGGUCAGUUUGUGGACUGGUCAGUUCGUGGACAGGUCAGUUUGUGGACAGGUCAGUUUGUGGACAGGUCAGUUUGUUGACUGGUCAUUUUUUGGAAAGAUCAGUUUGUUGACUGGUCAGUUUUUGGACUGGUCAGUUUGUGGACAGGUCAGUUUGUUGACUGGUCAGUUUGUGGACUGGUCAGUUUGUGGACAGGUCAGUUUGUGGACAGGUCAGUUUGUGGACAGGUCAGUUUGUGGACUGGUCAGUUUGUGGACAGAUCAGUCAUAUCAAACAACCUUGUCAAGAUCCAGGUUAAAAUAGGUCUUCAGCAACCCAUGCUUGCCAUAAAAGGAUCGGGUGGUGGCUCGCUGACUUGGUUGAUGCAUGUCAUCGUAUCCUGAAGGAGUGGAUCAAGGCUCAUGAUAUCAAUCUCUGGAUUGUCUGGUCCAGACUCAAUUAUUUACAGACCACCGCCAUAUAGCUUGAAUAUUGCGUACUCGGUACUCGUGGGUUUCACCAAAGUUGUAAAUGUCUGAGACCUGCAUCUCUUAGGACUUUCCUCCCACAUUAAGUUGACACGCCGUGAUAUAACUGGAAUAAUGUUCAAAGCAGCGCUGAAUCCAACUCACUCACUCACUCACUGUUGAUAUUGGCAUCAAUGUGAAGGAAUGGGAGUUAUGACAGUAUUAAUACCAGAUAUGUCUGCUUUAUUGAACCGGGCCCCGAGAUCAUAGUCUGCAUGGACAUUGUUUGUCUUAGCUCUAAAAUUACCUUGGGGAACAGGACGUAAUGAUCGUAGUGGAAUGACGGUCAUAAGUGUAUGUUAAAGUUUGAGAGUUACGUAAUGAUUGUCUGUGGACUUUUGGUUCGGGAUCGAGUCAUUUCAUCAGUGUUAUGACUGUCGUCAUAAGUCUGUGUUAAGGUUUGUGAGUUUGAUUGUCAGUGCAAAGAUCACUUUUUUUAAACAGGCCAAGGAUAAGUUAACUAGGCCCAGACGCAUAACAAAUAUUGUGUAUUUAAUUCAUGAUGCUUAACCGUUUCUGAGAUGUUUACAAUUGUUGACCAUUUUCGUUAUUUUUUUUUUUGAGGAUGUCCUAUGGCUUUACAGUGCACUGCGUUUUAUAUGCGAUUGUGUACAGACAUCCAGUCUGCUCUGACAAUAAACUGUGUGUGUUAUUCUGUGUGUCAUAUACUCAGAUUUUGGACAGUAUAACUGUCUGUGAUGUACCCUGGGUACGAGGCUCAAGAUACUAUACAUUGAUUUAAAACCCCUGUAUCGCACUACAUAUGACACAUUACAAGUUAUACUGAUCCACAAACACAUGAAUACCGGCAAAGACAGAUCUGAAAUGCUCAUCUUGAUCGGGCAAUCAAUCUCUGGUACUUGGUGGAAUGCAUGUAAGCAUUAUCUGAUAAUGUUGGAUGUUGCCCAUCAUAUCAAUCACUGGUUUAUCUCGUCCAGACUCGAUUAAUGAGAGGCAGCUAUCAUAUAGCUGGAAUAGUGCUGAGCAUUCCAUUGAUGUUGGCGAUUUUAUCAACACCUGAAUGAAAGGUCAUAAUUUCAGAGCAGGAUUUAACAAACAGAUUGACGUGUUUCAUUAAAAACAUUCCUUCUCUUGAAGGCAUGCUUAAAAUAUAACAUGACAGACAUUAAGUUUCCAUAGUUUGUGGCUGCUUUAAGACGAGAACAUUGUUUGACUGUAGGUCGAAUUACAGUUAGUUGUAUAGUUAUUUGGUAUGUAUUGCUUUUUACUGUUUUUUAGGAUGGACAUAUAAAGGUGAAAUGAUACAGAUCUUCAAUAGUGUUUUGGUUUCAAUAUGUGCAUAAUAUUUCAGAAUUUUGAAUUUUAUGGUGUCUCCCGGUAUCAGUUUUAAGUCUUGUACAUCCAACAUGAGCACAAGCAUAACAAAUAUUUUCAACAGGCUCUGAUUAUGUUUUUUCAAAUAUGUUUUAUAUUGUGACAGUAAAUGAUAAUAGUUUUUUUUUAUCAUUUAAUUAUAAUAUAAAAUCCUGCUGCUUUUCAUUUUAAUUUUUUUAUCACAUUUCAAAUUUUUGGAGUCGUUGUAAAUCAUAAAAUAAGUUUUUAGAAAGUCUGUUCUUAUGUGUGAAAAUCUGUGUGAAGAAAUAAGAUCAAAAUAUUUUGCUGGCAUAUUGUUCUUUAUUAUGAUAUGAAUUUGAUAUUCAGUUUGUGUUAGAUGAUUAAAAUAUGCUGACAAGAGCCUCAA